GUUAUAAAUACCUUUAACAACAAACUCGCUUUGCUUAUGUUCUGAUCUCCAUGGCGUCGUCCUUGCAUGGAAAUGGAUCUUUCUCUCGACUGCAAUUGGCGAAUAAUAAGUCCUUUUUGAAUCCCAAUCACUUUCGCCGAUCAAAACGAAUUGCCAUUGAUGCAAAUUGCGCCAACAGAAAUAGAAUAAAUCUAUCAUCAAAAGCUUCCGACCAGUUGAUGAGUAAUUGCGAUCGGCCUAAUAAAAGGAUCCCGGACGAGGAGGCUGAGGUUAUUUCUAAAGAACUGGAUCGAUGGGUUAGAGAUUCUGCCAUUGAGAUUGUGCGUAACCUUGAUGAGGCCCCCUUCCUUGUGCACGUAUACGGUGAUAAUGGUGAUGGAUCAACUCGAACGACGGGAAUUAAAUUGGUUAGAGAAAAGGCCACGGCAGAGGAUUGGCCUUUUAUCAAAAAAAGAUGGGAGGGAGGGAGCCCGACCCCGAAUGGAAUCAUUUUGGUGGAAGAUCUCGAACCAAAAUCAGAACCAGACAGAGAGAUGAUCGAAAUUACUGAUCAUUCGCGUUCCUCAACUAAGAAGUGGGGGAUACUUAUCCAAGGAGAAGGGAUCAAUUGUACAGCUUGCUACCUUCUCAAGACUAGUCAAGUUCAAUCUGUGGCAGGAUUUUGCACUCAUUUUUGUUUGGUUAGGGUUGAUUGUUUUGUAGAACAUGCUGAUAUUCUACUAAGAAAAAUGUGGUUGCAAAAUUAAAAUUAUUUCAACUCUUACCUAAAUAACUGUAUUUUACUGUGUAUGAUUGAUAUUUUCAAAUGUAUACAACACAAAUUUCUCC